CACGAGUUUACUUUUAUUUGCACUCUGAAACUAUUCCUAUGAUAUAUAAUUGAUAUCCGUAUCAAUGAUCUUCUAGAGCCUCAUCGUUCAUCACAUCAAUCUACAUUACAUAGUAUCCCCAUCUUAACAUCAUUCGAUUUGAUUUGAUUGAUUUGAUUUGAUAAUAAUGUCGAUUCUCAAUCGGUUUCCAAUCUCCUUCAAGCGCUAUGUCUCCUCUGCAAUAGCUCCACCAAAUCGCCUUGCUCUCCAACAUCGGGGACAGGGAAUACACUCCACAUUCUCGUUGUCUACUUCCUUGUCCACCAAUCCUGCUGGGUUCACAAGCGCACACCCGCAUUGCAAUUAUAGUUCUAGACCCACUACCGUACUUUCCGCCGCACAAACUGAACAAUCAUUUCAUCCUACCUCUUCAACACCAUCUGUACUUCAAGGUAAACUCUCUUCCUCCCGGAUACCGCUUCAGAACACUGCCUUUAGUUUUACCCGGCACUCGGAUCAUCUCCGAGUUAAGUUUGGUGAUGGGCAAAUAUCCAAUUUUCACUACCUCUGGUUGCGCGACAAUUGUCGUUGUUCAGAAUGUUUUCAUCCAUACACCAAACAGCGACUAUUAGACACAUUCCAGAUCCCAUUGGAUCUCUCUCCCAAGAACGUAGAAGCGCUGAAGGAGGAAAAGCUCCAGAUUGAAUGGUUAGACGGUCACAUUACAGUCAUCCCACUUUCCUUCUUGAAACAAUAUUCUUACGACCCACCCACAAAAGACGAUCAUAACACUGUCAAUCAAUCGGAACGAACCUUAUGGGAUCGAUCCAUAGAAACGUCCACACCUUCCGUUCAGUUUGAGUCUCUCUUUCUACAAGGCGAGGCCGGUAAGAGAGCGGUCUUGGAAUGGCUUCGGAAUAUUGACCGAUUCGGGUUUUGUCUUGUCGACGGCGUUCCACUAGAGCCCGUUAUGACGGAGAAGCUAUUGUGUCGUAUUGCCUUUAUACGUGAGACUCAUUAUGGAGCGUUUUGGGACUUUACUGCGGAUAUGGAGCACGGGGACACCGCUUAUACAAACCUGCCGCUCGGUGCUCAUACCGACACGACUUAUUUUUCAGACCCAGCAGGCUUGCAAUUGUUUCAUCUCUUAUCACCAGUCGAUUCUCAUACCGGAGGGAUGUCUUUACUUGUCGACGGAUUUGCCGUAGCCUCUCGCUUGAAAGAACUUCACCCAUGGGCCUACGAAACCCUUUCUCAGGUUCAAGUCGACUCACACGCCUCAGGAGGAGAAGGUGUUGCCUUACGUCCACUCCUUCCAAGCCCCGUUCUUACACAUCAUCCGCGAUCCGGAGAGCUAGUCAUCAUACGCUGGAACCCAGACGAUCGACGUCCAUUACAAACAAGAGAUGGUGAAGAGCUCAAACGUUGGUAUUGCGCAGUUCGUGAGUGGGAGAAAAUCCUCAAAAGUUCUGAAAUGGAGUUUUGGAUGCAAAUGAAGCAAGGUCAAGCCUUGAUUUUCGAUAAUCAACGUGUUUUACAUGGUCGAUCUGGCUUCACAGGUUCUAGACGCCUAUGUGGUGGAUAUAUUAACGGAGAUGAUUACCGAUCUCGUUUACGAUCUUUAGAAGAUCGGUUUCGCAAAAAGACUGCUACCGCAUCCUCAACCGAUGUGUGGCGCGAAAUCGAAUGACUAAAAAUCAUUCCAACUUUCUUCCGUUUCUCAACAAACUCAAAUUCAAUAACCUCUCCAAUCGUAAUGUGUCUCCUUUUGCAUCCAACUUAAUCAAUUUUGCAUCAACAUGCUGUUUAUAUAAAGAUUGUUUUAUCAAGUACUUCAAGUCUCUUUAAUACGUAGCAUCUGUAUAUUGUUUAUCUCGGUGUUUGGAUACAGAGAGGUGAUGUGAUAUAAGGAGGAAUUUGUUAUGAUAAACCAGUCUUAUAUUCAUUUGUCUAUGUGAUCUUUACAACGAUUCUGGCGACUCAAGAUGCCCAAAUCCUUCGUAAAACCUCAUGUGCUUCUCAGCAGUGUAAAACUUAAGAUUUACAAAACCCUCAGGCCAAGCAUAAGUUUCUCAGCUGCGGCUUUCUCAUUUCUUUCUUGACGCUUGAAGAUUUGUAUACAUCAUCUUGCUGCAGACAGAGUUAUAUUUCACCGUUCUUUUUCAAAUUCUGCCCCUCUAUUGGCAACAGAUAAUUAAACAAGUUUUGACCUGAU